GUUUACAUUUUGUCUACCUUACCUAGUACCUACCUAUUGAAUUUAUCAAUUUAUAAUUUAGAUCUCAAGUUCUCUGUGAAUUUAGAUGACUUCAAAUUUCGCGUUACCUGUAUCCAAUAAUCUUUAAAUAUAGUAAAUCAAUUUAGCAUAAGUGAGUAAAUAACUUCGAAGGAUGAGCACUACAUGUAAAUAUUGUAACCAACCAGAAGAUAAACAGGACCAUCCAGGCUUAAUAUGCGAAACAUGCAUAUGUUUUGUUCAUUUAACUUGCUUAAAAAGUCAGGGAACCCCAGGAAACUUCAGCGGUGAUGUUUUCUUUGAGUUCACAUGCGAGCACUGCUCGAUACAUGGACAAGAGAUUUUCAAAAGAAACCGAGUGUUUUGGGCUCAAAUAAUAUUCCUGGCGCUGUAUCACAUGAGCAAGGUUCAGUCAGCCAUGAGCCAUAGAGGUUACUUCCACUACAACACACACAUUAGCGCUUUUAUAAGUCGGCAUUGGAAUUUAUUGUUUGAACAGUUCUACAAACAGAAGAAAAAUUGGGUCGGCACAAUUGCUGGUGCACUUUCUAUAUACAGGGAGACAUUCUUUGAGUCUGGCUCAUCACAACUCACAGAACCGGGCUGGUGGAAACUCAAGCAUAACUUCUCACCAGCUGUUGCUUCACAUCUCAUACAUGAGUAUCCACUGCUAAAGCCUCGAGCGCAAGCACGAUUCAAUAUCGCCAACCAGUCGCACUUCUACAGAAAAGCUAUUGAAUUAGGUUAUGGACACUUACUCAACAAGGAAAUGCAAACUGAAGCGCCAACGCCGACCCGCGCUCCGUCCAACAAGAGGAAACUCGAGAUGACCGACUAUGAAAUUAAACCUAAACAUAUCUACAAGGACAGUCAACUGGAGGGAACAUCUCUGGAAGAGGAAGCGGAAGAAGACGCUCCAGAACUAGAAAGCCUGUUCGCUGGCAGAGAAAUGGCGUUAACGCCCUACGUAGCACAGAGCGACUCGUCGAGCGUGCAGUCGUUCCGGCAGUCCACGAUCUACGACUCAGAUAACUCGCUCAAGAUGGAGCAGAUCUCCGACGAAGACAAGCUGAAGAAGUCCAAGAAACAAGACGAGAAGCCCUACACUAGACGCGAGACCUUUUUUUCAUCACAACCCAAUUCCGUCGACUCGCCUUGGCUGCUCCCAGUGACCCACAAGCCCGACGGCCUGGUGCCGCUCACGGAGUACGAGGAGAUCCAGCUCCUGAAGAACGUCGAGGGUCUGAUCGCUAAGGUCAAAGAUGUGGAGAAGAGGACGUAUCUCAGCAGAUUCCGAGCCAAGUUGGCGCUGCGUAGACUGAAACGGCAUAAACAUUUACCCAACUUUGAUAUUGAUAGGUCUGUGAAAGUUCUGGGCGGCUACACCACAGAGGAGAAGAGCACCGUCCUUAACGUGGACCGCGUUCUCGACCGCUUCCAGAGAUCGUACCUGAUAGACAACCUGAGCGGCACGAUAGCCAGCACCAACUACGGCACCCUGCUGCUGUCGAGCGCGGAGGCAGCGCCCUUCCGCUCGUCGUACUCGGGCGUCACGCUCAAGCCCUACAUCCGGCGUGACGCCCAGACCACGCCCCUCUGGUUGCGGCUCAUGGACGAGUUACGCACCAGGACUCACAAAAAUAACCCGGAGCUCGAAGUACCGGAGCGUGCCACUCUAGAUUACUCCUACAUCCGACCGCACCACGUGGCCGCGCUCAACCGAUUGUGCGCCACGCACUUCUGGCCCGGCAUCGACCUGACAGAGUCGCUGCAAUACCCCGAGUUCAGCUGCGUGGUGACGUACAAGAAGCUGGUGGUGGGUUGCGCCCUGUUGGUGCCCCACGCGGCCGCCGGCGAGGCCUACAUCUCGUUUGUGCUGACGAGGCCAGAGUGGCGCCGCGCUGGCAUCGCCACCUUCAUGCUGUACCAUCUGCUGCAGACGUGCACAGGACAGGAUGUUACACUACAUGUGUCACCGACAAACCCAGCGAUAUUUUUAUACCAAAAAUUUGGAUUUAAGGUCGAGGAGUUGGUGCAAGACUUUUACGAAAAAUAUUAUGAUAUGGAGUAUAAGGGAUGCCGACACGCUCUUUUCCUAAGACUUGUAAGAUAAUAAAUGAUUAAAUAAUGAAA